AUGAUAUUCAAUUAUCAUGGCAAUAACUCUAAAGUGCAAGCUUCUAGGAUGAUAGUACAAGACUUAUUUCCAAAAGAUAAGGCUUCAGAUAAAAUCUUCGUGGAAUUCGAUUGGUCAAGCCAGAUUUGUGUUCAGGAUUCAUCGAACAUUGAUAACAAGAUGAAAUAG